AGAGGAAAAAUGAAGUGGAUUCUUUUCACAAUUGUUUCUCUCUUCAUUUCCUUUCUUGUGAAGUUAUUUGUUUUCCCUUCUAGACAUGGCCCUUACAAGCUCCCACCAGGCCCUUUCAUACUUCCUAUUAUCAUUUAUAACUUCCUAUGGCUCCGCCAGUCCCCUCUUGAUCUUGAAUCUACAUUACGUUCAUUCAUCGCCAAAUACGGCCCCUUCCUCACCCUCCACUUCGACCCUUCUCCCGCCAUGAUCAUCAUCUCCGACCGCUCCAUCGCCCACAAGGCUCUCAUUCAAAACGGUGCCAUUUUCGCCGACCGCCCUCGGGCCGUCUCCAUCAGCAGGGUCGCUGCUUCUACCAACUUUGACAACAUCACUUCUGCUCCUUAUGGCCCCACUUGGCGCCUUCUCCGCCGCAACUUGGCGAUGGAGAUGCUCCACCCUUCACGUGUCAGGGCUUAUUCUCGGGCUCGCAAGUGGGUUCUGGACAUCCUCAUCGCUCGCCUUUCAGCUCAAUCUGGAUGCGAAGGUGGCGCAGUUGCUGUUGAUCAUUUUCAUUUUGCUAUGUUUUGUUUGUUGGUUUUGAUGUGUUUUGGAGACAAGUUGAAUGAGACACAAAUCUUGGAAAUUCAAGAAGUGCAGCGUGAUAUUCUUGUGAAUCUUCAACGUUUUGUUCUACUUAAUUUAUGGCCUAAGUUGAUGAAGAUUUUGCUUAGAAAUCGCUGGAAGGAAUAUUUACAAAUCAAGAAUAGACAGAAAAAGGUUCUAGUCCCAUUUAUCAAGGCACGAGAGAAGGUAAAAGAAGAAAGAGCAAAAAGGGAAGGAGAAGAAAAAGAAGAAUUUGUGGUAUCGUAUGUUGAUACGCUACUCGAUUUACAACUCAUCGACGAGAAAAGAAAGCUUAAGAACGAAGAAAUAGUGAGUUUAUGUUCGGAGUUUCUCAAUGCCGGAACGGACACUACCGCCACGUCAAUGCAAUGGAUCAUGGCGAACUUAGUGAAGUACCCAAAAAUUCAAGAAAAACUAUUCCAAGAGAUCAAAGGAGUAAAGGAAUCUAGUGAGGAGGAGGUGAAGGAAGAGGAUUUAGGGAAACUUCCAUAUUUGAAAGCUGUGAUUCUAGAAGGAUUAAGAAGGCAUCCACCAGGGCAUUUCAUUCUACCACAUGCAGUGAAAGAAGAUACAAUUUUUGAGAAUUAUUUCAUACCUAAGAAUGGCAUCGUGAGUAUCUUUGCAGUGGGAAUGGGGUGGGAUCCACAAGUAUGGGAAGAUCCGAUGGCGUUUAAGCCGGAGCGGUUCAUGAGUGACGACGGAGGCCGGGAGGCGGGGUAUUCGACGACGUUUGAUAUCACGGGAAACAAGGAGAUUAAGAUGAUGCCAUUUGGAGCAGGGAGGAGGAUGUGCCCAGCGGCUUCCUUGGCAAUGCUUCAUUUGGAAUAUUUUGUAGCAAAUUUGAUUUGGAGAUUUGAGUGGAAAGCUGUGGAAGGAGAAGAAGUUGAUUUAUCAGAGAAAAUGGAAUUCACCGUUGUUAUGAAAAAGCCUCUUAAAGCUCAUAUUAAUCCAAGGUUUUAG